UGUCGGGGAACCUCGCGGAGGAAGUGAGGGUCACCUGAGGCUCGGCUGCGGGGCCUGGAGCUGACUUGGGUGGGAGGCGCGAGCCCUGGGAUCGCCCAACCCACGCGAAGCCAAGCCCGGACUGCCGCCUUCUAGCCCUGUCAGGCUCUUCACCCAAGGUUCCUCUGGGCCCCUGCUGAAGGUCUACUACCCUGAACAUUGUGUUUAACUGACCUAUCUGUUAGAGAAAAUUUGUUUCUACUGUUUAUCAAGAUGAUUGCAACACCUUUGAAACACCCAGAAAUUCAUUUGUCUUCAGAGACCUCUUCUCCAAGAAGGAAUAUGCCCAUGCAAGCAAUCUUUUUUGACAGCAUUCCUGCAGGCACACUUACUCCUGUGAAAGAUUUGGCAAAAUAUCAGAACCCCUUUUCAACAUUGAAUGACUAUAAAAAGAAUAAUUUCCUAAAAAUGACAAAUUUUAAUAAUAAAAAUAUAUUUCAUUCCACCAUGCUAGCAGAGGCUACCACCUCUAACAGCUCUCUUGAUAUCAGUGCUAUAAAGCCCAACAAGGAUAGAUUAAAAAAUAAAACAAACUAUGAAUCACCAGGAAAAAUAUUUCAAAGAAUGAAAGAAAAAGUACUGCGUGACAAGCAAGAACAAGCAUCAGGAAACAGGAGUUUGUUGGAACCACCAAAAAGUGAAAAGAAAAUUUUCACUCCUAAAGGAGCUGAGAAAAGACUAUUGCAGUAUACCUACGUCUGUGAAGAAAAGGAAAACAAAUCAUCCCAAUCAGAUAACAGUUCACCAAAAGAGGUUCCAUUUCUGAACCAAGAACAUGAAAAUGUUUCAGCUGCUGGAUUCUCAAACAAAGCAUUACCUAGAGCUCAGUUGGCUAAACAAAUUCUUCACUCAAAGGAGAAUACAUUUGUAACCACUAAGUCUAAAAAAGACACCUUUGUUUUAGAAGGCGUUGAUUCUGUCAUUGAAAAAUCCCAAAAUUCUACUCUUGAGACUCUAAAUACUGACUGUGUUCCUGUUAAAAAUGAUGGCCGGUCAGUGGUUUCUGAUGGUAAGAUACUGACAGAAAGGACUUCACAACAGGAAAUUAAGGAAGGAAAUGAGAACACAAUACCCAGAGAGACUGAUGUCCUGGGUUCCAUGAAUGAUACAUGUAAAAUUGUGCUUGCAACUCCAAGAUUUCAUAUAACAAUACCUCGGAAAUCAAAAAGAAAUGCUUCAAAUCAUUCUCCUCCAAGUACACUUCAAACUCUUACAAAUGAAGUUAAAAAGAAUAAGGUGGUCCAGCUACAAGAAUGGAUGAUUAAAAUCAUAAAUAAUAAUACCGCUAUAUGUGUAGAAGGAAAAUUGACAGACAUCACUAACAUAUAUUGGCACAGUAAUGUCAUUAUAGAACGGAUUAAGCACAACAAACUUAGGACUUUAUCAGGCAAUAUUUACAUAUUAAAAGGGAUGAUAGAUCGGAUUUCCAUGAAGGAAGCAGGAUAUCCAAAUUACCUCAUAAGGAAGUUUAUGUUUGGCUUUCCAGAAAAAUGGAAAGAGCAUAUUGAUAAUUUUCUAGAACAAUUAAGGGCUUGUGAAAAGAAAGAGAGAAAGGCCAGACAAAAACAGAAAACGGGAAGAUUUGUCCCUGAUAUACAAAAAUCAUCAAAAAAUGAUGCGAGAGAAAACCAAACAGAUGUCCUCCAAAAAGCCAGCACUACUUAUGACAUUGAUUGUUGUCAUUUGGAAGUGAAAAAUAGUAAGCGCCGUAGGUUGCCAGGAGCCACAGAAUUAAACGUGUGCCAUGGUAAUUGCCAAAAUAAACCACCAUUAAGGCUCCCAGAUGACCAAGUAAAUAAUACUUUUCAAAAUGGAGGAGGAAAUGGCUUAUCUAAUGAGGAAUUAAAUGGGAAGAAAGAAUAUGAAAACGUGUCUUCAAAGAAACUUGAAAAUUGUGAAAGAGCAGAUGAAACGAUAAUUAAAAGUCAGAAGCAAGAGAGAACUGAAGAAUCGAAUGUAUCCAUUGACAUUCUAACCUCAAGACAACUGUUUUUCUCGGACAAAGAAAGAAAAUGUAUGGCUCUUAAUCAGAAGGAAGCUUAUAUUUUAGUGACACCACUUAAGUCUAAAAAAGUGAUAGAACAAAAAUGCAUGAAGUAUAAUCUGUCCUGUGGCACCAUUAAAGCAGUAACAGAUUUUGCAGUGCCAAAUCAUCAGAAAGAAAGUAAAUCAGACUUAAAUGGAACUGCACAUUUGAUCAGUAAGCCCACAAAGACCUUAAAAAAUGCAUUUGAGUAUAGUGUGGAUCAGAAAAAUAAAAACAAGGAAGAUUGCAAUGAAUGUGAUUUGCUCACUGUCAACCAGAAAAUCAAAGUAUCUCAUCCUAAAAAGGAAAAGACGAUCACCUCCGAUUUUAAGAAAAAUACAAGGUUGUUACCAACAUUGAAGAAAAUAAAAAAGGCAUCUAUGUCAUUUUAUGAGCAUCAGUCUUCAUCAGAUUUGUCUAGUGAAGAGAGCGAAACAGAAAAGCGAAUUAGAAAGAAAGCUGAAAUUGCUAAGAAAACCAGAGUAAGGAAUACCAAAGAAACAGUGGUUCACCUAAGGAAAAACGCAAGAACCACCACAAGGAAAAUCCCAGUGAUUUCUGAAUCUGAAACUGAAGAAAGUGAAAGUGAAUUUUAUAUCAAACAAAAGAAAGCUAGAUGUUCUGCUAAAGAAAAUCUUCAGAAAGCUGGUAUUAGGAAUAAGUCUCGAAUUAUUGAGGCAGUGGGCUCUAAUGAGACAAAUAGGCAUUCCUUUGAAUGUUUUCCUGGUAUAAUUCAGGAUGAAGAAUGGAAUGAGAAGGAAUUACAGAAACUUCAUUGUGCUUUUGCAUCUCUUCCAAAGCACAAACCUGGUUUCUGGUCAGAUGUAGCUAUGGCUGUAGGUUCUCGAUCUGCUGAAGAAUGCCAGAGGAAAUACAUGGAAGAUCCCAGAGAAAAAGGAUCCCAGAAACCUGUCACUAAGAAAAAAACAGUCAGUCCCAAAGGCCAAAAUGGCAAGAUAGUUGAUGCUGAUAAGAAGCAAAUUAUUAAGAUAACUGCCAAAGUGGGAACUCUUAAAAGGAAGCAGCAAAUGAGGGAUUUUCUGGAACAGUUGCCAAAAGAUGAUCAUGAUGAUUUUUUCAGUACAACACCUUUGCAGAAUCAAAGAGUACUGUUGCCAAGUCUCCAGGACAGUGCAGAAGAGGAUGAUAUUCUGCCAAGUAUGGACAAAAAUCCAACAACUCCAUCAUCAGUUGUCUUUCCAUUGGCAAAAACUCCUCAGUGUCAACAUGUCAGUCCUGGCAUGCUAGCCUCUAUAAAUAGGAAUGAUUGUGAUAAAUAUGUCUUUCGUAUGCAAAAAAACCAUAGAAGUAAAGGUGGCAUUGUCUGGGGCAAUAUCAAGAAAAAAGUUGAAACUGAUUUUUUAACUCCAACAUCAAAGAAAGAAACCCUGUUUAACAAAGAAUUAGGAGAAAAUUCUGGUAUUGGAAAACUUUUCACUAAUGCUAUGGAGUCUUUAGAUGAAGAAGACAAAGAUUAUUAUUUUUCAAAUUCUGAUUCUGCAUAGUAAAAAUG